CCAAGGACCCUGUGUGCGUUUAUGACGUGUUUUUUUUCGCUGCAGUUUGCCAGCACGGAGCUGUUAGCUAUCCCAAGGUCAACAAAAUGGCUGCACACCGCCUGUUCCGUGUAGCAUGUUUGCAGGUUUUCAUGGCCGUUUGGAUGCUGGGCCUGCUCCAUGGAUGUGAAGGAACAUCGCUAGGUGGCGCACGGAAGCAGAAGGAUGGAACUAAACAGGGAAACGCCGAGAUGGUCGACUAUGACGUCAGAAUCAAACGACAGGCACCUUCUAACGUCACAGUGAUGAACCCCACCGCCAUUCCAGAACCCGGUACCGGUGUCACCACAGACACUCCCGACAUGACUUUACUGGACUACAUCAUGGAACAGGGUACCGUGUGGCCCUUCUGGGCGGUGUUUGGCGUCACGGGAGGAGUGGUCGUCAUUUUCCUGGCCGUGUUCAUCUGCCGUGUGGCGACCAGGAAGGAAGAGACAGCCGAGGAGAGGAUGAAGAGAAUUCAGAUGGCAGAAGCAGCUAGACAGUAAUUCAUAUAUGUGAGAGGAGCAGCUUUAAUAUCUUUUCCUAACAAUAACUCAAUAAAUUCACUAUUAAUAAGGCCAACAUUGAAUGUUAAUCUAAUUCAUGGUCUAUGUUAUAGACCAUGCUGAUAUAAAGUUAACAAUCAUUAGAUUGUGGGCUGAAUGCAGAUGUAGGAUGAUGGUGAUUAUUAGGCCGUGUUUAAGUGAAAUCACCCAAGGCGGUUUUACAUGUGGUUUACCCCGAAGCCGGUUUCAAGUGGCUCCAUC